UUGGCGACAACUCACUUCUCUUUCUUUUACUGCUCCUUCUUGUUCCUCUCCUUUUCCUUCGCUCCACGUGGGCUUCCGUCUCUCAUGCGCUCAUAGUCUCCAGCCAAAAUGUCCCGGAGGACGCUGGGUGGAGGUCGUGUUCUAGGCCCCGCGAACGCUCGUUCUCCAUCCGCUGCUGCGAUCCCGUCUCCGCAACUGAACCAUCCAAGGAACCUUGUCUUAUCGCCCUCCGCCAGCAGUCUUUCCCUCAGUUCCCAGGCGUCCACUUCUCAAUUCUCGUCCGAAGCCCAAGAUUUGACCUCGCGCAUCUCCCUCGAAAAUGCCUCCACCGCGAUACCUGCCGCUCCGGCGGCUGCCGGAGCUCAGCUGGUCUGUCCGAUUUGCAGUGAAGAGAUGGUGACACUACUACAAUUGAACAGACACAUCGAUGACGUACACCAAAACCUGGAAGAUGAUCGGCAAGACGAAGUCAAAGAUUGGUUCAAGACGCAGAUGGAUAAAGCGAAGCGGUUCCAACCUCUUGCGGUGUUGAACCAGAAACUCAAGGGGCUCGACGUGUUCGAAUCGAACGAGAACCUCCAGCUGCCCUUCGCGGGGCCGAGUCGUGCGUCGUCGUCCGGCCCGACCGCAUCAACCCAUUCACAUGCGAAUCAUCCGCCGCCACCGCCAUCGUCGUCGGAGAGACCGCUCGAUCCAGAUGAUAUCAUUACGAAGGAACAUUGGCAGGGUCGGACCCUGUACGACUCGUGCUUGGAGCCGUCGUGCGGGAAGCGGUUGAACACAACGAAUGGCUGCGUCAACUGUCGCAAGUGCGGGAAGCUGUUCUGCGAGGAGCAUACGAUGUAUCAGAUGAAGCUGUCGAGGUCGGCGCAGCAUGAGCCGGUCCGGGGUCUGUGGUGUCGGGUUUGUGAGACCUGUUACAAGUCCAGAGAGGGGUAUAAUGAUCAUACUGGUUUGACGCGAGACCGGAUGGAUGAAUUCAAGGCUGUCCGGAAAUAUACGGUCGACAAGGCGCUGCUGGAGGUGUCGCGUCUGGAGAAACGUCUGACGCGACUCACUCAGUUGUUAGCGAGCUUGCCGGUGGAUCAGAUUCAAUCGAAUGCCAAUAAACUGUGGUCGCUUUCGUGGCAGGGCGACCAGCGGAAAGCUCUGGAGCAGACCAUCGUCAGCUGGCAGGACGAUGCAAGCGUCCUCCGCUGUCCCUUUUGCCAGCAGGAAUUCUCCAGCUACACUUUCCGGAGACAUCAUUGCAGAACUUGCGGGCGGGUUGUAUGCGGUGAUCCUGCAACGGCCUGUUCCACCGAAGUUCCCUUGAGUAUAUCGUCCCAGUCAGCAGUCGCUACAACACCCGCGGAAAAAUCAGAUCGCGCCGGCGUGAUCAAUGUUGAUGUCAGGCUAUGCAAGGACUGCCGAUCGACCUUGUUCGAUCGACGUGAUUUUGAAGCUGAACUUCUCCGGAAACCCCCAGCUGUGAGGGCUUAUGAGAACCUCACACAGUUCGAGAGAGGCAUUCGGCUCUUGUUACCGAAGUUUCAGAAGCUCUUAACAACUUUGCAAGAUCCUCGACGACCCCCCUCAUCAGCACAAAUCGCGGAAGCUUCCAAGGUCCGUAAACGACUCACGGACUCGUUCGCCCAGUAUGAUGUCGCGGCCAGACGGAUCCGGGAUAUGCCGACGGAGUCGCCCACACAACAGCGCCUGCAGAAGGCCAUCUAUCAGCAGGCAAGCAAUUUUUUGCAUCUACACAUGUUACCGUUGAAGACGCUCCCCAAGCUACUCAAACAUGCCACUCCCAAUGGAAAUGGACGACUGCCUGGCUCCAGUAGCACCCCCGGGAGUCCAAGUCAAGGGCCCGUCGGCAGCCCUCGACGGCCCGAGUCCGCUUUGGCGUCCAUCAAAUAUGGUAGCAUUGCAGCUAGCGCCAGCACGAGCAGCCUCGCCAGUGACACGAGCAGCGCUGUCUCCGCGCUGGAGGCGGAGGAGAAAGCCCUCCGGGAGCGGCUGAUUGUGCUCGAGGAACAGAAGUUCUUCGUGUCGGAGAUGAUUGCCGACGCGAACCGACGCCGCAAGUUCGAUGAGGUCAGCAGUCUGGCGAUGAAUGUCGAGGAUCUCACGCGGGAGAUAGACCGGGUCAAUGGGAUGCUUGACGGAUUAGACUUUGAGGGCGUCUACACCGGCCAUCGUCAGCCGGAUAGUUGAUGUUGGUGUGCUAUACUCCAUUAGUUGACCUUUUUUGCCUUUUGAUUCUUUACUACAAUUGAAUUCAAGCCCAGUGCAGGCACGGCGUUGUGGGUCAUUGUCAGUUUUUGCGUUGAAGCUGCAUAGCAUGGGCGUUUUGUAUGUAUGUAUGUAUGUAUGAAGUGUUAUGCAUGCGUGGUUGGAUGACGGACGGGAAGACCC